AUGCAAGGCCGCUUAGUGGACUCCGCGUUAAUACAUUUUGUCAGUGACAUGAACCUAAUGCAGCUUCCGCAAAAAUGCUCUUUGGAACCAAAGCAACCGCUGGAUAAUGACCCAUCCAGUCCAAACAACCAGAAUGCGCUGCCCUGGAGCCGGGACCUGGAAAACGGCGUGCGCACCGAGCAUCUGGUGAUGGGCGCACAGGGGCACUACAGCCGCGGGGCGCACGGACAUCCCAGCAAGUCCAGACGGAGGAGGAUCAUCACCGUGGUCCAGCGGCAGGCGGCCAACGUGCGGGAAAGGAAGCGGAUGUUUAGUUUGAAUGAGGCGUUUGACGAGCUGAGGAGGAAAGUUCCCACAUUCGCCUACGAGAAGAGACUGUCCCGUAUCGACACCCUCCGCCUGGCCAUCGUCUACAUCUCCUUCAUGACGGACCUGCUGGAGCAAAAGAGUCAGAACAGUCCAAGAUGA